GUUUCACAAUCAAAAGCCAGCCAGUGCAGGGAGAAGGGAGCAGCAGAAAAAGGCAGUGUGGGGAAGAGGCGGAAGCAAGGAGAAAGGGGCAGCUGUCAGGGCAAGAAAGUGAGAGAGGAGAAGAGGAAAGGCAAAAGUUGGCAGUGACAGUCUCGGCUCAAAAGAGGAAGAACAAGGAGUAGACAGUUUACAAAAUGGCAUUGCUCCUGUGGCUGGGGUCCCAGCUGUCAUCCAUCUGGAGCAACAUCUCUGUCCUGGGAGUUUUUCUUACAGUCUUUGCUUUACUGCUUGACUUCAUGAAGCGCAGAAAGAAGUGGAGCCGUUACCCACCAGGCCCAACCUCGCUGCCGUUCGUCGGGACCAUGUUCUCCAUUGACUUCCAGAAGCCCCACCACUCCUUCGGCCAGCUCCAGAAGAAGUUUGGAAACAUCUUCAGUCUCCAGAACUGCUGGACCAACGUGGUAGUGCUGAAUGGGUACAAAACAUUGAAGGAAGCCCUGGUCCACAAAUCGGAGGAUUUUGCUGACCGGCCGCCUUUUCCGAUAUACGAACAUAUGGGCUACGGAGAGAAUUCUGAAGGGAUUAUUGUAGCAAGAUACGGGCACGUCUGGAAGGAGCUAAGGAGAUUCACACUCUCUACGCUGAGGAACUUUGGGAUGGGAAAGAAAUCCCUGGAGGAGCGAGUGAUAGAGGAAGCUGGAUUUCUUUGUUCUGAAAUCAAGUCUGAAGAAGGUAAAUCUUUUGAUAUACAUGUUCUCUUAAAUAAUGCUGUCUGCAACAUGAUCUGCAACAUUGUCUUUGGAGACCGUUUUGACUACGAUGAUGAGACAUUCAAGAAGCUGUCACCGUUAUUUCAAAAUUCCUUGGAUGAAGAAACUGGAUUCCUGCCUCAGCUUCUUAACGUGGUGCCCAUUUUGGUGCGCGUCCCUGGAGUGGCACAGAAAGUCUUUCGAGCGCAAAAGGAGUUAAUGGACUUCAUAGAUGUGGCCUUAGAUAAGCACAGGAAGACCUGGGACCCUGCUUACACCCGAGAUAUCACAGAUGUGUUUUUAAAGGAAAUGGAGAAGGGUAAGGUAGCUGAAGAGAAGGGUUUCCACUAUAACAACCUUCGUCUCGUGGCCUUGGACUUGUUUACAGCUGGUUCUGAGACCACCUCCACCACUCUCCGGUGGGCAUUGCUGUACAUGAUUCUCCACCCAGAAAUACAGAGUAAGGUCCAGGCAGAGAUUGAUAACGUGAUUGGCAGUGAGAGAGCCCCCACCAUGACAGACCAAGCAAGCAUGCCUUACACUAAUGCUGUGAUCCACGAAGUCCAGCGCUGUGGGGAUAUUGUUCCUAUUGCGCUACCUCACAGGACAUACCGGGACACCGAGUUGCAAGGCUUCUUUAUUCCCAAGGGGACAACAGUCAUCACCAACUUGUCUUCCGUGCUGAAGGAUGAGACAGUCUGGGAGAAGGCAAACGAGUUUUACCCCGAACACUUCCUGGAUGCAAAGGGGCAGUUUGUGAAACCAGAGGCCUUCCUGCCCUUCUCAGCAGGUCGCCGUGCCUGUCCGGGAGAACAGCUGGCCAGGAUGGAGCUCUUUCUCUUCUUUACCACUCUCCUGCAGAAAUUCACUUUCGUGCUCCCUGAAGACCAGCCCAGGCCACGUGUGGAUGGUCACUUUGGAGUCACAAACUCUCCACACCCAUUCCUGCUGCGAGCUCUCCCAAGAUAGGAGCACACCACUCCUUUCACUGACAGACCACCACCCCCCAAACUCUGUCAGGAACAUUGCAGGUCUAGGCAGGAUCAUGCCAGGCUCAAUCUCCAGUCUGUGCACAAGGCCACAUCUGUGUAAAGUAAGGAUCUAGGCCAAUAUCUUGUUGAGCUUAAUUCUAGCUGUGUAAAGUAAUGAUCUAGGCCAAUAUCUUGUUGAGCUUAAUUCUAGCUGUGUAAAGUAAUGAUCUAGGCCAAUAUCUUGUUGAGCUUAAUUCUAGCUGUGGUUCUCGAAUCAGACAAGAGAGCUUCACUUCAGCAACAAGGUGACAAUAAAAUGUAGUUUCAGAGUCGUGCUUCUGGAAAAUCUUACCGUCCAGGACAUACAUGUCCCCUUCAUUCCUUCCUGUUUAUUACACACUUCUUUAUGUUGAACAAAUAUUGCAUUGUCUUCAUUUAUAGCCUCAAAGAAAGUUUUAAUGCUGACAACCCUUAUGUCACACUAUGCCUCCAGUAGGAGUAUAUAAACAAAUAUGGUGUUUCAGCCACAGAAGAAGGUCAUUUGUGAAAUACAGAAAUUUUCAUAAAUACAUUUAAAGAGAAAUCCUGGUGUUUAGACUUACUAUCUCCUCCAAUUAAAACUUUGUUUUAUUCUUGGCAUUACAUAAAGUCAGCUCUUGGGCAGGUUUGGAACUCACAAAGGGAUAGUUACACUGUUUGAAAGUGUGUGGCCACAGAUUUCAGAGCUACCUUUCUCUUUCUUCCUGCAAUAUUCCUGACAAAUUGUUUGCAAGUUGCAAAGGUAUGUUGAUUUUUAAAUCAGCAAUAGUUCAUUUACCACAUCUAAAGAGACAAUAGCACAAAGGAGUUCCUAUGUAUAACCCCCAUUAAAAAAAAUAUCUGAAAUUGAAUGCACGUGUACAGUAGUAAUUUUGUGUAAUAGUAAUUUUGGAAGCUAUGAAAGCUAUUGCAUGAUGCAAAUACUUACUCAUGUCAUUAAGAUUUGAACUUCACCAGGAACUGAACAUUUAUGCUUUUCAUCAACAAAAUAACUUGAAAGAAUAAAAGUGAUGUAAAAUCUUC